AUGAGGAUUUUCAAUUUACUAUUCACUGUAUUCAUUCUGCAGUUUUCAGAAUGCGGAAAUGAAUACAGUAAUACCAACAUCCCAGAAAACCACCUCAGCGGCAGUUUACAGAGUACCUCAGAGAUAUUUGAAAGCAACCAAGGCUCACCCGGAGAAAAUGAAGAUACGGGUGGUGCUCAACAACCCCUGUUUCAUGAGGUCACAAUGGACCUUUCAAGGUUGGAUGAGGAGGUAUUCGAGAUUGAAGAAGAUGAGGAAACAGGUGGUGUAUCCUCCGGACUCAUCAUUCCAGGAGAAGAAUACUAUGUCAACAAGGUGGUUUAUGGCACCAACGUACUUUGGGAAUCAGAUGGCGAAUGGAAAUGCACGCACGUAGAAGUCCACAUAAACACAAGCAAAAUACUCGUAAUCAUAGGAUAUGAAAAUGAGAGAAAUUUAGAAUACAAGGGAAUGCAAAAACAUAUGGGCGGAUUGUGGUAUGAAACCGAUGACUUUGAUGAUAUCCUAGUGGAUAUGAUGGAAGAACCUGACAACUUGGUUAGCAAAAGUAUGCGAUUAAGGCGUUGCGGAUGA